GGAGCAAGAGAGAAGGAGGCCCAGACAGGGCAGGAGGGAGAGACGAGAGGCAGAAGGAGAGCGAGCGAGAGAGAAAGGGUUCCGGAUUGGAGGGGAGAGCAAGGAAGGGAGGAAGGCGGUGAGAGAGGCGGGGGCCUCGGGAGGGUGAAAGGAGGGAGGAGAAGGGCGGGGCACGGAGGCCCGAGCGAGGGACGAGACUCCGACUCCAGCUCUGACUUUUUUCGCGGCUCUCGGCUUCCACUGCAGCCAUGUCACUCCUCUUGCUGGUGGUCUCAGCCCUUCACAUCCUCAUUCUUAUACUGCUUUUCGUGGCCACUUUGGACAAGUCCUGGUGGACUCUCCCCGGGAAAGAGUCCCUGAAUCUCUGGUACGACUGCACGUGGAACAACGACACCAAAACAUGGGCCUGCAGUAAUGUCAGCGAGAAUGGCUGGCUGAAGGCGGUGCAGGUCCUCAUGGUGCUCUCCCUCAUUCUCUGCUGUCUGUCCUUCAUCCUGUUCAUGUUCCAGCUCUACACCAUGCGACGAGGAGGUCUCUUCUAUGCCACCGGCCUCUGCCAGCUUUGCACCAGCGUGGCGGUGUUUACUGGGGCCUUGAUCUAUGCCAUUCACGCUGAGGAGAUCCUGGCGAAGCACCCGCGAGGCGGCAGCUUCGGAUACUGCUUCGCCCUGGCCUGGGUGGCCUUCCCCCUCGCCCUGGUCAGCGGCAUCAUUUACAUCCACCUACGGAAGCGGGAGUGAGCGCCCCGCCUCGCCCGGCCGCCCCCGCCCCCUCCCGGCCCCCCUCGCCGCGCGUCCUCCAGAAAAUAAAACUGUUUAACCGCGGG